AUGUCGUCAACUAUCACGUCGGCAGUUGCUGCUGCAACUUCUGCAGCGCCGAAAGUCGCGGACCAGACUGGUAUCAUCGGCGGAGCAAAUCCACAGCAUUAUAACAAGAAUGAUCCAAUCGUUGUGUUCAUCGUUCAGGUCUUCAUCAUUGUCACGUUAUGUCGACUUCUUCACCUGCCACUAUCCAAAAUUCGGCAACCGCGUGUUAUUGCGGAGGUUAUCGGUGGGAUCAUUCUCGGUCCUACAGUGAUGGGCCGAGUGCCGAAUUUCACCACGACAAUUUUUCCACAAGAAGCAAUGCCAAACCUCAAUCUUGUCGCAAAUCUUGGCCUUGUACUUUUCUUAUUUCUGAUUGGUCUGGAAGUUGACUUCCGCAUCAUGGUAGAGAACUGGAGAAUCGCCUUGGGUGUCGGCUCCAUGGGUAUCGCGCUGCCCUUUGGCUUAGGCGCCGCUAUUUCCUAUGGUCUCUAUAACGAAUUUGGUAGUGACGUCGGUGUUAAUCAGAAUGUCAACUUUGGAGUUUUCUUGCUUUUCGUCGGUGUAGCCUUUAGCAUUACAGCCUUCCCUGUCCUGUGUCGUAUCCUGACGGAACUAAGGCUCCUCGGAACCAACGUCGGUGUGAUUGUCCUGGCAGCAGGUAGCGGAGAUGACGUUGUAGGCUGGAUUCUUCUGGCUCUCACAGUUGCUCUCGUGAACGCUGGUACCGGAAUCACUGCCCUUUACGUUCUACUUGUUGCCAUAGGGUACAUUUCGUUUCUUUUCCUGGCUAUCAAACCCGCUUUCCGCUGGUAUCUUCGGAAAACUGGCAACCUAAAAGACCCCAGCCAAGGCGCUCUUACCGUCACACUUCUUUUGUGCUUGGCGUCGGCAUGGUUCGCGAACGUUAUCGGUAUUCACGCAAUCUUCGGCGGCUUCGUUGUUGGACUCAUUUGUCCUCGUGACGGAGGUUUCGCACCUGCAGUUGCAGAAAAGAUUGAAGAUCUCGUAACUGUGCUAUUCUUGCCACUAUACUUUACCUUGUCCGGUCUUCGAACGAACAUCGGACUUCUCAACAGCGGCAUUGUCUGGGGAUACGUUUUCGGUGUCCUAUUAGUUGCUUUCUUUGCGAAACUUACUGGUGCUGCAUUAGCAGCUAGACUUUUCAAACUCCAAUGGAGAGAAUCUUUGGCAGUCGGUGCCCUCAUGCAGUGUAAAGGACUGGUUGAGUUGAUUGUGCUUAACAUCGGCUUAAAUGCGGGAAUUAUCUCUCAGCGAGUGUUCACAAUCUUUGUCGUCAUGGCUCUCGUUACUACUUUUGCGACUACCCCACUCGUCAGUUUCCUAUAUCCGGAAUGGUAUCAGAAGAAAUGCUUAGCAUGGAGAGCCGGAAAAAUUAACUGGGAUGGCACACCAACAGGCGUAUCAGAUGAUACUGAUACCCAAGAGCCUAAAGUUAAAACCACUGUCAACAAGCUUACAGCUCUCCUUCGUCUUGAGAGUUUGCCAAGUUUGAUGGCCCUGAUCCUACUCUUGAAAGGCGAAAAGGAGGCCGCUGCCCCAGCUGUCCACAGAUCCAAAACCUCAAAGGUAGGAAAAGACGCCUCUGAGUCGGCUAAAAACGAGGAUGGACCUGCAGUCAAGUCCCGGCCUCUCGGUCCACGAUUUGAGGUCCAUGGUCUUCGCCUUCGAGAACUAGAUGAACGUACCUCUGCUAUCAUGCGUGUGACCGAGGACAGCGAGCCUGCGCGAGACCCUGUUAUCAAUUUCUUCAAGGCUUUCGGAAGAAUGAAUAGUAUGGCCUGUGUCACAAACCUUGCCGUCAUUCCAGGAGAUUCGUUCUCGAGCGCUUUGUCUGACCGCGCCAAAGAUGCUUCGUCUGAUCUUGUCGUUGUCCCGUGGAGCGAGACCGGGAACCUAAGCGAUGACUACACAUACGAAGAAACCCCAGACAGCAGGAACCAACGUUUCGAAUCCGGCCCAUAUGUCAGCUUCGUCUCUUCUCUUAUCCAGAACACUGCUUCUAGUGUUGCUCUUUUCAUCAACCGUGGAUUUGGUGGUGUUGGAGGCAUAGAUAUCAGCGAAAGGCGUCCAAAGCGCCGUGGUAGCAUCAUUUCUGGAGCUAUCUCUCGAGUCAAGUCUGGUAUCGAGGAACCUACAUUGCCAAUUCUUGACCUGAGCCAUCACAUCUUCUUUCCAUUUAUCGGCGGCGCAGAUGAUCGUGCUGCCCUCCGCUUCGUUCUCCAGCUCGUAAACAACAACAUUAACGUCACUGCUACUAUCGUCCAAGUUGUUCAAAACAGCACAUCCGCAGCUCAGACCUCCACAUCUUCCAGCACAGCCACUCAAAAUGAUGCUGCCUUCUACCUCCAGAUUGCUGCCUCUCUCCCCGAUGAGAUUGCCGCUCGUGUUGUAUUCGAGACUCUCGAGACUGAGCAGCCGAUCCAGACCAUUGUUACUCGCGCUAAGCAGGAAGUUGGCAUUAUUCCAGACGCAGGAGACCUUGUUGUCGUCGGCCGAAGCCAUAUCGAAAACUACGACUCUCAAAUUGCCAGUGUCACAGUUGAAACCGCACCCAGUGUAUCGAUUGAUGCUAGGAAAACCGUUGGCUCUGUUGCCGCUAGUAUCAUUGUUUCGCAAGUCAAAGCGUCUGUUUUGGUUUAUCAUUCUUCUGGUUCCUCUCUUUAG